AUGUUAAUUCCAAAAGAAGACAGAAAGAAGAUUCACCAAUAUCUCUUCCAGGAAGGUGUUGUUGUUGCCAAAAAGGAUUUCGAUUUGCCAAAACACGACGAAAUCGACACUAAAAACCUUUACGUUAUCAAAGCUUUACAAUCGCUCACAAGUAAAGGUUUUGUUAAGACCCAAUUCUCAUGGCAAUACUACUACUACACAUUAACUGAUGAAGGUUUGGAAUACUUGAGAGGUGAAUUGAACAUCCCAGAAGGUAUCUUACCACUCACCAGAUUGAAGAAUGCUCCAGCUGAGAGACAAAGACCAGCUAGAGGCGGUGCUCCAGUUAGAAGAGGUUUCAGAGGAAGAGAUUAA